GUAGCGCGUAAUACGUUGUCGGCGUGUCGGCACGCCGUUGUUACUAAUGCUACUGAUUUGGUCACAAAGUCAAAUUCGUGUUCAAAUUAAUUAUUAGGACCUACUGCGAUGAAUGAAGGACUUCUGAGUGGUCUGCAUAUAGUGGAUAACGAAUGGCCAGCUUUAAAUGAGUUGAACAAAAACUCGGGAAGUAAUAAAAGAUUUGUUACUAGACUCAAAUCCAAACAAAAGUGGGAAGAUCUGCCCGUUCAGCUUACGUUUUCUAAAAUCCAAAGUUCUUUACCUUCUGAAAGCAACCUUCCUUCAGAAAAUGGGUAUCCUGUCUAUAAGGAUUUAAAGGAUGUGCAUAAGUUUGAGGCUCAUGAAUGCGCCGAACCUAUAAAAAGUGGAAAUCUAGAUAAAAUCCGAAAGUUUCAAAGUAACUGCUCAAACUCUCAAUGGUGUCUAUACGUCAACCCAAAUUUUGCUGGAGUGGAGCUAUGCUACUUAGUACCUCGGCCAGGAUUUAACCCUCGCGUAUUGUCACACUACCGACACCAUAUUUCUCAAAGCCAACCAUGUAGUUAUGAUACAAAUGAAUGCGUGGCCUGCGUAUCUGAGAGGCUUUCCAGGAUCAGAAAUCAAAUAGAAUACUACUUUGGUGACAGGAACUUCACCCGCGACCGAUACCUUCAAGAAAAAAUGACUGUUGAUGGAUAUGUGCCUUUAGAAGUUAUAUUAAACUUUCCCAGGAUGAAGCAGUUAGAUGCUUCGGAAAACCUUAUUAUUCAGGCUUGUUGUAACAGCAGUGUUGUAGAAAUUGAUGCUGGUAGAGGACUUAUAAGACGUCGGCUAGCUGUUUCUGAAAGUUAUGAUGUGUCAAUUGAAUCCACAGUUUUCACUCAACAUGCUCCCAUUUCCACCUCGGCCACUACACUGAGUUCCUCGACAUGCAUAUCUGAUGCACCUCCUUCAAAUACUGUUAGUAUGGAAGUGACAAACUCGACAUCCACCAUCGCGGGAGAAAUAAACGAUGUUAAUUGGCUGAAGGUAGAACGUCGUCAACGCAGUCGUCUCAAGGCUCUGUCUUCAUCCAAUUCAAAUAUCCCUGUUACAACGACUAGUCAUCGUCAAAGGAACGAAUCUUCGUGUUCUGAGUUCAGUGAUAUUGAUGAAGAUGACCUCUUGAAUUAUCUAAUUGUUAUUGUCCCUGAAAGAGCGGGUGGACGCGCUUCUGAUCAAAGCACUCUCAACGCGAAAGCACAUGUAUCAAAGCCAUCUCGAACAUCUGAAUCGUGGAUUGAGAAAGCUGAUUUCGAAUCCGGCCCAUUGAAUACUACACCUUGUAAUAUUACAAUUGACAAGAGUCAAACAAUACAUAGUGGAUACACAUCUUCCGAACAUACUGCCAAUUCUUCCCGCCUUUUGGCUAAACACCCAUCUGGUGAUCGCCACCCCAAUCCAGAUUAUCAGUCUCGUGCCAAGAUUCAUGCAGAUAUGCUGCAAAGAAUUCGACUGGGACUUGAGGAUUAUGAACAAAACGUGAAGCGCGAACGUUACACCUCUAUUUGUGAACUUGGUUUUGAAGAUGAUGUUGAGGAACCAAAUAUCUCACUUUCAUCUGAUAAGUCAUCCAGUCAAUCUCUUACUCGCUUGGAAAAAAUCAAUCUUGUUUCACCAGAAGAUUUUGUCAGCCUUAAAGAAGCUGCUGCUUCCGGUUCAACCGAGCGACCAAUCUAUGUUUCUCAUGAAAAUGUCAACAUAUUAGAAGACCCACACCUAAAUUCGUCUCGAUUAGAAAAAACUAAAACUCAAUCUGUCGAAAAUUCCUAUCCAACAUUUCCUUUUUAUUUUCCUAACGUGUUACCCCCUGAACCAUCACACUUGGUUGCUAGUUCCUCAUGGAUUCCCUCAUAUCCUAUUCUACCACUUUACAAUUCUGAAGUACUGUCGUGUUCUUUAGACAUGGGGUCAUUAACACCUAGUCAAGUUGAACAGCAGUUGGAAGCAGAAAACGCUGUGGCAGCACUCGUUGCUGAAGUUUCCAGGGCUGCUGUGGCAUCCGCCUCUCAAAAAUCUAUGGUAGCUGACAAACCUAAAAACAAACAUACCGCAAAGCGUCGUAUGACCGGCUUUUAUCCCGCAAAAGUAGGAUCUACUGGCACUCGAAAACGAGAUGAAUUAGAUGUCGGAUUUGCGUUUGAUCUUUCUGCUCGACCUUCAGCUAGAGCCACAAAAGGUCAGACCUGCAGUGCUACUUCAUAUGCUACACUUGAAGACAGUCGUAAUCGAACUCCAAAGACACUAAUAUCUAUGGCAAGGUAUGUGAGUAGCGUUUCCCAACGAAUAAUUGAUUUUUUAUAUUUACUUAACCCCCAAUAUACUUUCGGAAAAUCAGUUUUAAGUAACAUCUCAAUAAUUUAAACCGUCUUUUCUUUGACAUUAUUCAACCCUUUUCUAUAGAACGUUUAGUUUUCAAAAAGAAACGUACUUAAUAUUUGUUAUUUGACUCAGCCUCUUGUAGAAUACAUACUAACAAAUAAGAAUUGUCAACGUGUGUAAUUAAUUAACGGUCUGUUUACCAUCUUGACUUAUAGACAACAGCGAAACACAAGCUAUUUUUUUCUAUUAAAAGCAAAUGUAAAUCUGAUAUAUAACUUAUCGGUAAUCCAUUCUUACAUGUAAAAUUAUUAAUCCAUCAUAUUAUUCACUUGUUUUCUCAUUAUUUAGCUCCUGAGAGCAAUAUUACACAAAACCAGUUCAUUUUUAACAAAAAUAUCUAGUAUCAAGUAAUACGUGUAUCAGUUUCUUUUUUAGACGUAUAAAUGUAAAUGUACUUGUAUUUCUAUGUUAAGCCUCGUCUUUUAUCAUUCUCAGUGACUUCAGUUAUCCUAAAUGUACAUACUUCUAGUGCAGGCGUUAAAUAAUUUUUAGGCAUAUUUACAUUUUUUUGUACCUCAUUGACUUAGGUACUCGUUUUAAUUCAGUUGCCAAAUAGCUGUCUAUCCACCAACUUUUCGACUGUAUAAUGUAUCAUAUAGCUCUACAAAAGGCUGAGUUCGAAGUUCAGUACAGGAAUAUAUGCUGUUAUUAGAUCACACCUCUUUAUCUUCGCAAGGGGAAAGUCAUAUUUCAAACAGAAGUGACUUACGUAAUAUUGCUUAAUUUUUCAAUAUUGCAAGUACAACAAUUGUCCAUAAUAAAUACAUUUUCCUGAGUACUUUUAUUGUGUGUUUCACAACCACCACAGUCUCGGUUACUCAUUUGUUUCAUACCCCAAGGCUAUUUUCAAUCAUAGUAGUAAUAAUGGAUUAAGUUUGCUAUAUUGUCUGUUACUCUCAAAACCACUUUCGCAUAAAUCAUUUUAAUUGUGAAUAAAAUGAAUAAGCACUACCCUCAUUCAUCUGACGUAACGUUUAAUUUCGUUUAAAAGCAUUUUUUAUUAUUUUUCUGUUAGCGAUGUUAGUACAUCUGGAACUACUGUGAUCAUAACUACCGAACAUGCAACUGAUGAAGAUAAUAAGCCAAAUUUCGUGCCAAAUGAACCUGUGAAAACUAACCAGUCCCAGUUUUCUGUUCAUAAACAAACUCCUUAUACUUUUGGAAAUCAUAUGAGUCAAUCAUACCUUCGAGAUAGCGGCCUAGCAUCUCGUGAGUAUUUCCGAUAUCGUGCUGCUUGUCUUUUAGAUCGUGAAAAAUCAGGCGCAGGACAGUCACAAGAAAUGAACACAUUGUAUAGGUUUUGGUCAUUCUUUUUACGAGAUAACUUCUUCCAUGGUAUGUACAAGGAAUUCAAACGUUUGGCUCUCGAAGAUGAAGCGUCUGGUUAUCGAUAUGGAUUGGAAUGCUUGUUUCGAUUUUACUCGUAUGGUUUGGAACGUCGUUUCAAAUGGUCUCUUUAUAAGGACUUCCAGGAACAAGCCUUGAGAGACUACAAAAAUGGACAUCUAUAUGGGUUGGAAAAAUUUUGGGCUUUCUUGCACUAUAGUGGACGCAAAGUAGAAGUCAAUCAUGCACUAAAAGAGCUACUGCAGAAGUACAGGACUAUUGAAGACUUUCGUGUCAAUUUUGAAGUUCCUGAUGGAUUUUUUGGUUAUCGCAAAAGACUUCCUUCUACAUCAGCUUCUGUGCCUUCAAAUUUAUCCUCAGAUUUUCCUACUCAACCUACUUCUGUUUGAGUUCUAUAUUAAUUAUUAUAUUCCCACUGCAACCAGUUGGAUGGAUGACUAAUGUUCUAAUCGUUAAAGAUACCUUGUUCAUUUUGUAUUUAAUUAAUUUUCUUUCUAAACGUAUCAUUAAAGUUUCCAGUUAUUUCAAGCAACACAGUAAUCUAAUGCGACUCACUAUCAGGAAGUUUUUGAAAUCUAUUAGUAUUCCCAUGGGUUAUAUGGGAUAAAUUAAUAUUUACCCCUGGCCAAUAUAUUCAGAGCAUUUUUUCAAUAUGUGGUUUCCACUGUUUGGACUUUGUGUUUAAAUUUUUGUGUACACAUUUUUUUUACCUAUGUGAUAAUACUACCGUACAUUCUUUAUUCUAAAACUUAUUAUAUUUUUUGAAACAACUAAAUUCUUAGUGCGUAAAUAAUAACAGUUACAAUG